GUGAUUGCGCUGUAGUUUUUCAUAGCUGAUCAAGUGACUUUCCAGAUAGUGCUAGCAAAUUUUCGCACCUGCUGUGCUAUGCAUAGCUCACUAUCUAUCUGAAUGGGCAUGCCAUUUUGGGAAGUUGUAAAUUUAGCUAUUAUUAACUAUGAGGUCGGGGACAGCGCCUUAGAUUCCAUACGGCGAGAUGUAAUUGGUGGGAGAGGAUGAAAAACGUGAGAUUCCCCCAAUCUGGAAAACCAGACGAGCUGGGCGGAACGUCCGUUCUGUAAACACGACACUCGGCGGAAGUUGCGUCCCAGCCUAGCAGCCGUCUCGCAUAGUGGUGUGUCAGUAAACAGGUCUCGUACUGGCCUGAAUACUGGGGCAUAGCGAAACGGUAGCGAACCACAGCCGGAGGGAAAAUUAGCCGAGAAGGAUCUCGCGAAGGCGGAACAACACAAUGCCGCACAAUUUCCAGCCGGGGGACCUGGUGUUCGCCAAAAUGAAGGGGUACCCCCACUGGCCGGCCAGGAUUGAGGAUGUAGCUGAAGGGGCGGUGAAACCACCGCCGAACAAGAUCCCCAUCUUCUUCUUCGGGACCCAUGAAACGGCAUUCCUUGCACCGAAGGACCUGUUCGCCUACGAGAAGUACUGCGAACGCUACGGGAAACCCAACAAGAGGAAGGGCUUCAACGAGGGAUUGUGGGAAAUCCAGAACAACCCGCACGCAUCAUACACGACGCCCGCUCCAGCUAGCUCUUCUGACAGCGAGACGGGGGCCAAUGAGGACGGAGCAGGAAGUGAUGCGGAGGAGGAAGCAGUGGUGCCCAGGAAGUCGGAGACAGGAAGUGAUGUGGAUUCUGAGUCUGGGAGUGAGGAUGGAGGAAGAGGAGGGGUGAAGAGGAAAGCUCCUGCUGUGAAGCGCCCCCCGGUGAAGCGAACGCGCGGGGGCUCUUCCAGCGACCGGGACGGCUCGGAGGAGGAGAGCGGCUCGCCCUCGGAGCCCGAGCCCACCCCCAGCUCGGACUCCGAUUUCGGGAAGAACAGCGACCAGGACUUCACCCCCGACGUGAAGGCCGGGCCCAAGGGGGGGCGGAAGGGGGCGGGCCGAGGGAGGAGGAAGAAGCCGGCCUCCGACUCUGACUCCGCCUCCCGGUCAGAGGACGAGGGGGGGAGGAGCGAGACGGACGUCAAGCCCCGCCCCGCUCUGUCCGGGUCCGAGUCCGGGUCCCGGUCCGGGGGCUCCAAGUCCAAGUCCGGCUCCGACUCCGACCUCGACCCCCCGCCGAGGAAAGGCCCCCAGGGGCGCAAGAAAGAAAAGCCGCCUCCGAAGCCUCGUGUACGCAAGCCCAGGCCCGCCCCAGUCAGAGCUCCCUCCUCUUCCUCUUCAUCAGACAGUGACAGCGACAGCGAGCCGGACCGCAUCAGCGAGUGGAAGCGGCGGGACGAGGAGAAGAAGCGGGAGCUGGAGGAGCGCAGGAAGAGGGAGGAGGCGGAGGAGCUGAGGAGGCUGCGGGAGCGGGAGAAGGAGGAGGAUGAGGAGAGGAGGAGGGAGAAGGAGAAGGCCGCGGCCAGAGCAGCAGGAGGAGGAGGCGGUAGCGACAGCAGCUCGGACGAGGGUCCCAACAACCAGCGAGUCAAAAAGACCAAGAAGCCCUCUCCCGCUCCCAUCCCCGCCCCCUCUGACUCAGACUCCGACGCCCCGCCCCGGGCAGAGGUGAAGAAACCCGGGAAGCGUCCGGACAGUCAGAAGAAAGGGAGGUCAAAGAAAGAGAAGGAGGGAAAGGAGAAGAAGGAGAAUGAGAGGAAGAAGAAAGCUCAGCGGAUGGAGGAACCACGGAGGAGGCCCUCCAGGUCUGAAAGGCCCAAACGCAAGCCAGAGCGCCCCCUGGAGAAGAAGCGAGAACCAACCCCAGCGGAGAGACUACAGAAACUGCACACCGAUAUUAAAUUUGCACUGAAGGUGGACAGUCCGGAUAUCGAGCGCUGUCUGCAGGCCUUGGAGGAGCUGGGCACCGUGCAGGUGACCAGCCACCUGCUGCAGAAGAACCCGGACGUGAUCGCCACGCUCAAGAAGAUCCGCCGUUACAAGGCCAGCAGUGCGGUGAUGGAGAAGGCCAGUCAGGUCUACAACAAGCUCAAGCUGCAGUUCCUCAAGAAGACAGAGGGGGCGGUAAAGUCCCCGACAGAAGACAAGAGCAAGCCGGACAGUGAGGAGAUCCAGAACACGGACUUGACGUCCGUGAACGGUGAGAGCGAAACCCAGAAGCUAGAGGACAGCCAGUCGGCACACAGCCCCAAGUCACCUGACCAAGAAAUGGACAAGGAGAACAAGGAACAAGCAGCCCCUGCCCUCGUCAGCUCAAAUCCCAGUAGCCCGGUCGAGCAUCAGACGCACAGUGAUGACAUCACGGAUUGCACUGUUCCCAUAGAGACCGAAAGGCCGGUCAUUGAGAGCUGAAGAGGCCUUUUUAAAAAGAUUUUAAAAAGGGGAGGGGUUUAUAUCUGUGGGUAGAGAGAUUAACUUUGACUGAAUCUUGCAUUGUCAGGACAUUGUCCUUUUAUCAACUACUUUUGUUUCCUUGACUUUUAUACUGCAGUUGAACCCCGCACACUGUCCCAUCAAACCUUCCGGUCCACCUUUCCUCCCUCGUAAAAUCCUAACAAUGUAACGAACUCAUAUUGUGUACAAAUAGCAGAAUCGUGUUUUUAGCACCUUGGAACAGGAUUUGAGAGAAGGGAGAGAAAGAAAUGGGAGGGAACUGUUGAUGUGAAUGUCUUUGAGACUUUUUGUUUCUAAUUGUGCAGUUACAACACCCUACCUUAUUGUAAGGGGUGGCGCUGUUGUCAGUGUCAGUAAAAAUCUGUCUGCUGCCUUUAUUGAUUUAUCCUUACUUACCAAAGGGGACUGAAGGAGGGAGAGGUGGUUAGAUAAUAUAAAGUAAAGAACAGAUUGGAUUCAGAAGUUGUUUUUGAACAUAUUAUUAUUAUUAUUAUUAGUUUGUCUGACUUAAUGUCAGUCAUGAAGAUGACUAAUUUUUUGUCUUAUCGAAGAACCUUCCAAUGUUUUUUUUUUUUUUUUCAGAUAACUGCUGCAAAUUGGUUUUGUGCUCUUCCUGAAUACUGCAUACAGUACUACACUGUACUGACUGUGUCCUCUGGUCUUCCUUUAAUGUCCCAUUACCCACAAUGCACAUUUAUUUGGGAGAGGUACUUGCACUGUGUAUGGUUCCGUUAAACAUGUUACGAUCAGAUAAAUGUAUGCGGCAUUAAGAUGCUAUUAUUGUGGUACUCUUUUUUUGAGCCAGUUAGUUACAAUCAAGACUUUUUUUGGUAUAUAAUUUGAGUGCUUUGUGUGCAAUGUUAAAGCACAAUGACAAUUUCUAAUCUAAAGGCAAGACGCUAAUGUUUAAUGAUUUUUUUAAAAAAGGACAACACAAUGGUCUGUGAGACUAGACUUAACACUUAUUUUGGUUGAUGAUGAAGUUAUUGUGAAAUGACUUGCAAGAAAAUAAGCGAGCCAUACCUGACAAAUCCCAGCAGAGAGGCUUACAUUGUUAUUUAAUGAUUAUAGCUACUUCACAGAUUCUGUUAAGCAGCACUUAUGAAUACUAAUAUGUACUGUUUUAAUAUGUGUCUGUGUGUGUGUGUGUGUGUGUGCGUGCGUGUGUGUGACCUGCCACUUCUAUGCUUAUUUUAUUAAGUUUUAUUCAGUAAUGGGCCAAUAGCCCUGUGUUGACUGAGCCCCAAAAGCCUCUCUAAACUAAGUUUGGAUUGCAUUGAUUCGCAAUGAUUUUUUUUUUUUACUAUUCUUUUAUUUAUUUUAAAAACACGAAACAUUUUCGUGCCUGCCUGCCUGCCUGCCACGGCCCCUUAAAUGUGAGAACGGAGUAAUAAUCCAAGUGACCAACCUGGCGGUGCAAGCCACGAUAUGAAAUGUUAAUGAAAUGGCCACGUGCUCGGAAAACUCUAACGUUAUCAAGCUUCUAGAAUGCUCGAGGGCUUCAGGCCUUCAAAUACCAAGAAGAACCCGCUCAGAUUUAUUCUUAACUGCAGCUAAUUGGUACUGGAUUAUUAGGAUCGUUUCAUUUUAUGUACAUAUUAUUUUUUUGUAUUUUUGUUUUUGUUGUUUAUUUUGCCAUUUGAAUGUUUUGUUUAUGUUUUGCCUGGUCAUGAAUGAGUUUUUUUCCCCCAAGAAAUACAACUGAAGUUGAAAAUUU